CCCCGAGCUCUCCGAAAAAGGUUCCUGAAGGAGGUCGUACGGUGUGGCUCAGCUGAGUCAUGGCUGCUUGCCGAGCUCCGGAGGAUCGCUGUUGCUCUCACAGCGGCCUGGUGCAGGACAAGGAACAUCCAAGAAAUCUGAUUCCAGAGCUCUGCAAGCAGUUUUACCAUUUGGGCUGGGUCACUGGCACUGGCGGAGGAAUUAGCGUGAAGCAUGGCAAUGAAAUCUACAUUGCUCCAUCAGGAGUGCAAAAAGAACGAAUUCAGCCUGAAGACAUGUUUGUUUGUGACAUAAAUGAACAGGACAUCAGUGGACCUCCACCAUACAAGAAUCUAAGAAAAAGCCAGUGUACACCUCUCUUUAUGAAUGCUUACACUAUGAGAGGAGCAGGAGCAGUGAUCCAUACUCAUUCUAAGGCUGCUGUGAUGGCCACCCUUCUCUUUCCAGGACGAGAGUUUAAGAUUACACAUCAGGAGAUGAUAAAAGGAAUCAGGAAAUGUACCUCUGGAGGGUGUUACAGAUAUGAUGAUAUGUUAGUGGUCCCCAUUAUUGAGAAUACACCAGAAGAAAAGGACCUCAAAGAACGAAUGGCUCAAGCAAUGAAUGAAUACCCCGAUUCCUGUGCUGUUUUAGUCAGGCGCCAUGGGGUAUAUGUCUGGGGAGAAACAUGGGAGAAAGCUAAAACCAUGUGUGAGUGUUAUGACUACUUGUUCGAUAUUGCAGUGUCAAUGAAGAAAUUAGGAUUGGACCCUAGCCAGCGUCCAGUUGGAGAAAAUGGAAUUGUCUAAGUGGGGUUUUAAUUUUUCUCCAGAGACUAAGCUGAAAUCCAGAUCAUGAAUUCAGGAGGAGGAGGAGGCAGUCUGUACUACUUUUGUGAAUUUACUACAUGUCUGAAUCAGAUGUAUUUUGUUAUUAAUAGGUUGCCAAAUGCUACACAAAGUAUGCAUUUGUUCUCAACUUAUUUUUACAAUUGCUGAUUAUUUUCUUUAUGUAAUAUUUUACUAUAACAUGCUGUGUACUAGCAAGAAUGAGAGCAAAAAUGCUCUCAAAUGAGGUUUCAGGUACCUUUGUUUACCUCUUCUACCUCAUAGCCUUCAAACAAAUACUCAGUGACCAGAGCUACAUGUGUUAGUCACAUUUAUCAACAGGGAAGAGAAGCUGUAUUUUUUUCCCUUAAUUAUGAAAGGAUCCUUGUGCUCUGCUGAGCAAGAGGGCCAGGCCUGCUUUUGUCAUUCCAGCCUUUAGAUUGUGGCCUUCCAUCUCCUAGGAAAGCUUGUUCAGAUUCAUUAAUCUAACCCGAGCAGCCUCCCUCAGGUCACAAAGAUUUCAUAUUUAAAUGGAUAGGGAAUCAGAAAGGUAUCAGAAGUAGAGGAUACUUCUUAUGGGAGACUGCCAUAAUUAAGAAGAUAAUUAUUCUUUUAACAAACAUUAAGUCCUCACUCUGCUAAGCAAGGGGAGUAUCCAUCCUACAUAUACCCAAACCUUGCUUUUAAAGGAUUUUAUUAUAAUCUACCCCAACAACCGACACACAGAAUGGAAGGAUUAAGGGAAUUGUAAAUCUCUUGGGGAAAUAUAGGGGGAGGCUUCAUGAAAGAAGUAGUCCCAGAAUUGAAGUUUGAAAAAAAGGGGAGACUUCCACAUAGGAGUCCAUUCUAAGUAUGCAGGGCAGCCUCCACAAGGGCAAGUAGUUUAGCAAGGGGCUUUUAAGUGCCACAAAGCCAAGUCCCUGAAUUCUAAUGGGACAGACAGCACAAGAAGAAGAGGGAAAGGGAAGAAGAUUUAUUAAAUGCCUACUCUAUACAGACAAAAACUCUAAGGCUUUAUAAAUAUUUAAUGGCAGCCUGGGAGAAGCAUUUUCAGACAGUUUCUGGAAUGGAUUGUGAGACCAGGACCUGGUCUUUUUGCAUGGCAGCAGGUCAGCUGGAAAGAGGGUGGUUAAGAGAAAAGGUAGUAAGAUAAGGCAUGGUUAGGACUCAAGUCUCUCCAGAGCUGCAAAGGAUCCAGUAGAGUCACAGCUAUUGAAGGGACUUCCCAUAGGAGGAGUCAUUGCCCCCAGACAUGACUGACGUCCUACUUUUCUGACCAACUCUUAGCUGAUACAUGCUCAGGCUGUGUCCAUCUGAGUCAUGCUGUAUCCUUUCUCUCCAAUUUUUAAGUAAAUCUGUGUUGUUAUCGAGUGUUGAAUGGUA